AAAAAAAAAAUUUGCCAGCGGUGUUCUUCAAUGCCUACAACGACUGACUUCAAACUUUCUCUCUCCUAAAACUCUCUCUCUCUCUCUAAAAAAGGGGAGAGGGCUCGAGUCCCUUUUGAGAACAUCUCUCUCUUCUCUGGGAGGUAUUUGGAUGGCAAAAUCCCAUGUACCUAAAUUUGGCAACUGGGAGAAAGGGGAAAAUCGCUGGAAAGCUAAUUAAUCCAAAUGACCCUCAAGAAAACCCAGAAUCAUUUAACCAAACAAACCCUCAACAUAACCGUCUACCAUCUGGGUCUCCCUUGCACCCUGAUAGCGUGGCCCGAAAGCUCAGUGAUCAGAAUCGAAGGGCAAGCAGAACGAGUGCUGGAUCUGAGCGAAGCCUUGAGCAAUCUCCUCUCCAUCCCAAUUAUCAACCAAAAUAUGGAGGUAGGGUAGGGAUGAAUUCUCCUUCAUGGGAAAAAGGGAAUGGGUUAGCUCCUAAUACUCCUGGACGAUCUAGAGCCAGGCCUGGUGGUCGAGGUGACGAUAUGCCAGAGAAAGUAUCGGCAGUGCCAAAGUUUGGUGAUUGGGAUGAGAGCAAUCCUUCAUCAGCUGACGGUUACACGCAGAUCUUUAGCAAAGUGAGGGAGGAGAAGCAGGUUGGUUCAGCGGGAGUUUCUACUGGGUCUAAGAAGUCAUCACAUCGUAAUAAUAGUAAGUCAGACAGCGACUAUGAGGCAUCGAAAUGUGGUUGCUUUGGAUGGUUGAAGAACUGAGGAACUGCUUGCAAAGAAAUAUAGAGAAAGGCUUGUGGUUGUAAAUAUUUCUGCAAAGGGCAAAACUCAAAUGAAGCUGGUUCUUCUAAACUGCAUUAUUUUUCCACUUGUGUGCAUCUGGUGUUCAUGUUUUAACUCUUUAUACAUGAAAAGCAUUAUCUUUCCUGUUAUCUCUUGAUAACUCUUGUUGUGUUAUUAUCAUUUGAUGUCAAAGACAAAAGGAACAUGGAGCUAAUUCUUUUAUUUGCACUGUGAACGCAGUUAAUAGCAUCCUGUGUGUUCUUAUUUGUUUC